ACAGUCGAUUCGCAACCAGCAACAGUAGAUGUCCGUUAUCUACGUCAACCUCACGUUGUUGACGCAAGUGGCCAGGGCCCGGUACUAAUUGCCAGUCAAGGCUACCGUUUCUACGUUGAAUGCGCUCGUGGAGCGGAUGGGCUUUGUCAACAAAGUGGACGUCGGAAGACACUUCGCCAUGAAGACUUUAAAAUUGUUGCUAAAUCCAUGUUUAGUGGAAAUGGUGCCGAAAUCACUAUCGGAACGGAGAUGAUCGGCCAGAGCAUUCAGUGCCAGGCUAAUAACGGCCUCUUCUCGGACACCGAAAUGGCCACCAGUCAAGCAGUCCAAAUUGACCCCUACUCGUCCGCUCGUUUGGUCCAGGAUAACUUUGCAACCCUUCAAUCGGCGGCGCCGUUCCAGGCUGGUAAUCGUCUGGAAAUGAAUCAGCAGAUUAACCUCGGCUGUCAGGUCGAGGGCAAUCCACGUCCUGUAGUUUUCUGGAAGCUGAGAAAAUCAAACGGACAGGUUGUCGAUGCCCCUUGUGCUCAAGGAUUCGACGGACAAUACCAAGAGGUCAAUGAAUCACCACGCGAUCGACCAAUUCCACCUAAUGUUGUGCGCCUCAAUGCCAUCUGCUCGUUCCGCGUGUCCAACUACUCCCUUUCUGGACAGUACUGGUGUUCAGCUUGCUCUUAUGUAAGUCAGGGAGCUCCUGAAUGCUCACCAGCUCUUGAAACUCCUGGAACAAGCACACUUAGCAUUCAAGUUACUGGACCACCCAUGCAGUCUGAUGCAGCACCGACUAUUGAGCAGAUCGGUCAGUCCUGGGAAAACUUCCGCUUUGAAAGCACAACCCAAAACAAUACGGUCCCAAACUGCUACCUUGCUAGGUUAAAUAUUGCGCCUGUAAGAGAGGAGGAUCAGUACCGACCAUAUGUUUGGCACUUAUCUGCUGUGUUGCCUUCUGUGUACGAAGAGGUGUACUUUGUUUUAGCAGUAAGAGUAAAAGAGCAGUCAGACUACAACGAACCCAAAGCAAAAGCCAACUUGAAUGUUCGUGAAAACUUUUACGACGCUGAUGCUCCACGGCUGUACACUCCACAAUCAGUUGAGGUAUGCGAACCAGCUAUGGGCGUCUAUCUGAGCCGUGAAGCUGUCGUCUGAGA